GGUCAACGAAUAGGAAAACUUCCUUGCAUGUCAAUAAUGACCAUGGCUGGUCUGGAAGUCGUGUUUAUCGCCAAAACGGGGCUGGAUACUGGGCCGCACUAAUGCUUUCACGAAGAUGAUUUUGUAUCACUUACUGUUCAAUACAGACGAACAUUGCAUCUGAACGACAAUAUACUUCAAUUGAAACCUGACCGACGAGAGGGCUGGCUUGAGGAGAAUCAGUGCUGAGCUGCACAGCUCUCCACUCUCAAUUUGAAAUUCUUACUGGCGUCAAUAAUGUGAUUAACAUCAAAAAGUAGAAUAGCCUCCGCCAGCAUUUUUGUUUUUCAACAUUCAUUUUCCAGAUUCAGAUCCAGCAUGAGAACCGAUUUGUCGCCGGUCCUUUGGACAUUGAUAAGUCUCACAACUACUGCGAAUUCGCAGACCUUACCAUAUAAUCCGACUACGAUUCUUCUUCCAUCGAGCGCAAGCCAAAGGAACGACACAGCAUUCAUCUUCCUCGUCGCAUCUGAAUCAGACACUCGACCCGAGUUUUUGUCCCUAAAUAUAUCUUCAACUUUGUUCGCUUCAAAUCUUACAUUAGAACCCUUUACACCUAAUCUUUCGUUUCUCAAUAACAAUACUGCUUUUAUACCUACGAUUGGGGCGGACGGCGAUAUUUCGUUGCUUACUGGUUCUUGUUCAGAAUCUGCCAGCACUGAAUUAUGGACCUAUACACCUGGAAAUGAGGCUGCUGGAAAUGGGACGUGGACGAAAGAGACGACUGUCGUGGCCAGUGAUGUUUCCUCUGAUGGUGUCGCAGGCGCGCAUUUUUUAUCGGGUGGAUUCCAGUUUUCUACAUUGGUCAAUGCAAAUGCUACAUAUACGGAUAUCUAUAUCUAUGGUGGCAUGUGUCCCAGUUCCUCGGCGAAUAUAUCGACAUGGCAGUCAAAAGCCAACUAUACGAACCGCAUGAUGCGACUAUCACCUGGAUCGGCAGAUUCGUACAGUUUGGAUUUAACUGCUAACAGAGGAGCACCUGUUGCUGAGGCGGGAUUCACCAUCACUCCUCUGCUUCCUGCGUAUGCGAAUGCUUCGGGGGUUAUGACACAAACUCAGAAUUUCAUACUUCUUGGUGGACAUACACAAGGCGCGUUUAUAAACAUGAGUCAAGUCGCGAUUUGGAGUCUUCCCGAGGAGAGUUGGAGCUUUGUCACAGUCAACCCACCAUCCUCAACGCAGAGCUCCAAUACAGAAUUGACAAUGAAAAAUGCAGUAACCAGUGUCGAUAGUCGUUCAGGGCAUACGGCGAUAUUAACAGAAGAUGGAUCUAAAGUCAUUGUGUUGGGCGGAUGGGUUGGUAGCGUUAAUCAAGCUGCUGAUCCACAAUUUGCUAUAUUGGAACUUGGAACUGGCUAUGGAGGAACUGGAAGAUGGAAAUGGUCGGUACCUGCAGAUCAGCCAUUUGGAAACGGUAUUUAUGGGCACGGUGCAACAAUGCUUCCUGGAAAUGUUAUGAUGGUACUGGGUGGAUUUAAUAUAACAGACGCCAACAAUAUGAAGAGAGCUGUUGACACAACUGUCCAACCCAUGUUUUUUAAUGCUACGAGCUCCACUUGGAUGUCGAACUACACCAAUCCAGCAUAUGUCCGCAGAAGCGCUUCUUCGUCCUCGGGUUCCUCAAAAGUCGGCCUUGGCAUAGGACUCGGAUUAGGUAUCGCUGCGUUCAUCGCUAUUGUUGGAGGACUUAGUUGGUGUUUGAUUCGCUGCAGGAGGAGACGUAGAGAGUCGAGGAAUGAGGGGAGAGAAAGAGACCUCAGGUCUCUUGGCUACAACGCCGCCACUGCACACUCAGGCUCACAAGAAAUGUAUCAAACUCGUAGUUAUUCUGAUCGCCAAAAUCAUUAUUAUGACUCAGGAAGUGCAGUGGGGGGAUACGAUAGUCUAUACAAUGGUGAAUACGGCGCGGGAGAGAUUGGCUCUCCCACACUUCAGUCUCGGCAAAUACCCAGGAAAGCUGUACGAAACAAUCGAGGUCUCUACCAGCCUGCUUCAACCUUUGACCCUGGUGCAGUAGCUGGGAAUGCUAGAGCAGCUAAUAUUGGUGCAGCUGGGCCGAUACAUCCAAUAUACGAAGCAGACGAAGACGCUGAUAUUAUUUCUCCUAUUGAAGUGGGGAUUGCUCUUCCAUUUGAAGAAAGCGACGCCUUCUUUGGUGCGAAGCGACGAUCGGAUCCAUUCAAAGAUCCAGUUACUCAGAAUUUCUCAGUGCCCGUGCAAUAUAACAACCAAAAUGUCGCUAUGCCUGUUUCAGAAUCCCCAGCGCAAGAACGGGAACGUGAGAUCGAAGCAUGGGUUGCAGACUGGGCCGCUGCAGAUGCCCUCCUUCACGCUCAAGCCAAAUCUCAUUCAACUGUUGGGAGAAGUUCUCCUUCUCGACGGGCAAACUUGAUUACAGCGACUGGUCCAGCCUCUGUUGCGGGGGAACUCUCUGACGACAAUGCUCGAACAGCCAGUAACCUUAGCGAGCAAAGUAUGGCCCCUACCGCUGCUACUUUAAGUCGAUCGGGAUCUAGUUCCCUAGGAGCAAGAUCAAAUUCGCUUCGAGGUUAUUUAACAUACGCGAUGAACACGAUUACUCUGGGAAAUGCUACUCUGAGUCCGAUGCCUGACAGCCCUGUCGCACAAAAUGCUCAGAUCUACCCUCCUGGGAGUUCCGGUAGCGAAAAUACUGGUUCAACUUAUACCACCGCUCAUACGCAACCUAGCUUUUCUGCCUUGCAGGCAGAAGGAGUAACCUUACUCCCUCGUCCAGAGCAGUCCGCUGACCGGGGGAUUCCUUCCCCUACUGAUUCCUCUUUCAGAUCAACACCCCAUACACCCACUAGGACGACAUAUGAUCACAUUGGCAGUCCAUCGAAGAACAAGCCCAUGGGUCUUGGUAGACGUGGAUGGUUGGGAAGUCUGCGCAAAGCUCUCAGGCCUGAAAGUGAUACUGCGGCGGAAUCUAGUCUUCUAGAUCGAGAGUCAAUUCCUCUUCCAAUUGGUAUCGAUAACUCUCCAAGAAGAACCGUCAGUGCUGGUGCGGCUUUAUGGAGGAGAAAACAGGGUAGAGGAGACUGGGAGGAUAGUGAGAACAUUGGUGGCAAGCGUGGGAGAUCCAGUUCGUUUGUUAAUGGCGGCCGGUCGAGUGUACAGUUUGCAAGGACUAGUGAAUCUAAUGGACUUGUAGUAAAUGGGAUCGAUGAAGAUGAUGAAGAAUGGGAUAUCGAAAGAGCAAUUGAGGAUCGGGUGGUACAAGUCAUGUUUACAGUGCCCAAAGAGAGAUUGCGCGUUGUCAAUCAUGAUGUUCGUGAAGAUUUGAGCGAAGGAGGGAGUAUGAGGGGAAGGAACAUAGGAGCUAGCAGAAGCGGAACCCCAAGUCGAACCCCUAGUGAAAUCUUGAGUAUAGAAGAUGGCAACAAAUUAGCCAAAACGGAAAGCGCCGAAAGCGGGAGGAGCAAGGGACGGGUGAAAGGCAAGGGAAAAGUGUCGGAGUUGGUGGAAAGGCUCGAGGGUCGCAGUAGUCCUGAGCGUCCAUGAGUCUGUAUUUGUAUUUUUCGGGUAUGAUGUGUACGAUUGAUGUUUUUUGUGCGAUAUAGGGCAUGGUUAUGACCCCCUUUUGAUUUUUAGCGGCAUUGGGUAUGAGAGGUGACUGGGUUUUGUCCGCUUUUAGGUACUAGAAAUGCGUUUCUUUCAGGAUGAUUUGUGCUUAAGUUGAAGACUACAUAACGGUUGGAAAAGAUUCUGAUUUUCGUAGUGCAUGAUUGAGAUUUUCUAUCUGUCAGUCACUACUAAUUUAUUGUUCAUGUAUGUCGUUAGAUCUAUGAGAUAUGGAAUUGAGAAUAUGUAUUUAGAUUCACUUCAAGCCUGCAAACAUGAUGGUGCAUCACUCGAGACUUCCGACUUUGAUAUCAUUGGAAUUCUCAAGUAGCUUGUUACUUCCCAACGGCAAGAUGCUGUACAAGCUUGGUUUAUGAUUAAGAUGAUUCACAUGCGUUCCUCAUGGGGCCUUGGAAAUAAGCGAUAGUGAAUAUGUACACGUACAUGAAACUUUGAAGUCAAAGAGGCUGAAAUUCUCAUCUUCUCAUUCACUUCAAGAUAAAGCUUGUGAACCCAAAAACUUGGAAUCUAUAUCAUACACA